GCCAGGGACAGGAUCAGGACUUGAUCCUCGCGGGUCGACAUGGUCUCAUUCCUCUAGCGUUGGGGUGAUGACCUACUGCCCGCCUGCUGCCUGUUACUGUAAGGCCUGCUAAGAAUUUUUUUUUUUUUUACUUUUUUUAAUGACUGAAAAGAAAUAAAAAGAAAUAUAAUACUUUGUGACACGUGAAAAUUACAUGAAAUUCCGAUUUCAGUGUCCGUAAAAUUUUACUGGAACACGGUCACUCUCAUUUGCAUCUGUGUUGUCUGUGGCCGCUUUCGCAUUACCCAGCAGGGUUGAGUAGCAGCUGGCAAAGCCCAAAGCAUUUCCUAUCUGGCACUUUACAGAAAAAGUUUUCCUACCCCUGAUCUAGCGGAUUGAAUCUUCGGUGGGAGGAAAGAACUGGAGUACACAAGGAAGCCAAUGGCAUAAGUUCAAAAUAACAGUCAAUAUUGUAAAUUAAUUGUAUAUUUGGGGAAAGAAAAAACUGUUUACUUAAGAACCUACAUAAAUGAAACCAAUGGGGGAGGGGCAUGAAUUGCGUUUUCAAAAACCCCAGCCCUUCACGUCUGUAAUCCCAGCACUUUGGGAGGCCAAGGCCGGUGGAUCACGAGGUCAAGAGAUCAAGACCAUCUUGGCCAACAUGGUGAAACCCGAUCUCUACUGAAACUACAAAAAAUUAGCUGGGCGUGGUGGCGGACGCCUGUAGUCCCAGCUACUCGGGAGGCUGGGGCAGGAGAAUCACUUGAACCCAGAAGGCGGAGGUUGCAGUGAGCCGAGAUUGCGCCACUGCACUCCAGCCUGGCAACAGAGCGUGACUCUGUCUAAAAAAAAAAAAAAACCCAGCCUUCAGGGAUUUGUUUACCAAAAGGGAGCAAAGUUUAAACAAUAGUAGGAAAAGACUGCCCUAUCUCCUGGAAGAAGAGAAUCAAAAUAGCUGUUGAAUAGAAUACAGAAUCAUUUGCGUUAGAGAGUUCGUACAAUCUGCUGAUUCUGCACAUGCCACUUCUGACCAUUCUGCAGUUUAGAAUCCAAAAGGAAAUAUUAGGAAGCUGAGAUUUUCAAAGCUAAUUAUGAAAACAUUUAUCAUUGGAAUCAGUGGUGUGACAAACGGUGGGAAAACAACACUGGCUAAGAAUUUGCAGAAACACCUCCCAAAUUGCAGUGUCAUAUCUCAGGAUGAUUUCUUCAAGCCAGAGUCUGAGAUAGAGACAGAUAAAAAUGGAUUUUUGCAGUAUGAUGUGCUUGAAGCACUUAACAUGGAAAAAAUGAUGUCAGCCAUUUCCUGCUGGAUGGAAAGCGCAAGACACUCUGUGGUAUCAACAGACCAGGAAAGUGCUGAGGAAAUUCCCAUUUUAAUCAUCGAAGGUUUUCUUCUUUUUAAUUAUAAGCCCCUUGACACUAUAUGGAAUAGAAGCUAUUUCCUGACUAUUCCAUAUGAAGAAUGUAAAAGGAGGAGGAGUACAAGGGUCUAUCAGCCUCCAGACUCUCCGGGAUACUUUGAUGGCCACGUGUGGCCCAUGUAUCUAAAGUACAGACAAGAAAUGCAGGACAUCACAUGGGAAGUUGUGUACCUGGAUGGAACAAAAUCUGAAGAGGACCUCUUUUUGCAAGUAUAUGAAGAUCUAAUACAAGAACUAGCAAAGCAAAAGUGUUUGCAAGUGACAGCAUAAAGACGGAACACAGCAAAUCCUUCCUGAAGUGAAUUAGGAAACUCAAAGGAGUAAUUUAAGAACCUUAACCAAGAUACAAUGUAUACUGUGGUACAAUGACAGCCAUUGUUUCAUAUGUUUGAUUUUUAUUGCACAUGGUUUUCCCAACAUGUGGAACAAUAAAUAUCCAUGCCAAUGGACAGGACUCUACCUUAGCAAGUUGCUCCUUCUCCAGGGAGCGCAUAGAUACAGCAGAGCUCACAGUGAGUCAGAUAGUCUCUACUUUCUGAACAUAGCUCUAUAACAAUGAUUGUCAAACUUUUCUAACUGGAGAUCAGAGUAAGAAAGAUUACAUCACAAUCCAAUAUCUGUAGAAUUCAUUGUGUAUGUUUGUGUAUUUGUGUGUAGGUGUGUGUGUGUGUGUGUGAUACAUACGUACAUCAAGUAUCACAAGACAUUGACCUUAUAUAUUAUGCACUGUGAUGUUUUUCCAUCUUUAAUUUUAAAAAACAUAUUGAUCACAACCACAAUUUGGAAAAUGUUGCUCCAUACCAUCCCAUACCAACACUCACCACCUGCAAAUAAUAGCAUUACUAGGAGCUGCAGCCACAAUGAAUAAAUCAACAAUUCGCUACAAGAUCUAGGAUUAUUUGUGUAUUUUGUUGAGUGUGUGUGUGUAUGUGUGUGUGUGUGUGUGUUUUGGCGUGUAUCUAAUACCAUUGUAUCUCAUUGUUGAGACUUUAUUACAAAUAGGGUUUCUGGUUUCUUUCUCCCCCCUCGUGGUUCAUUUUGUUUUUGUCAAACCAGCGGUCUAAAAUCACAGAAAUAAGCAAUUACUUCAAUCAUGUGGAAUCCAGGGGACCUAUCUUUGGAAAGCACAGAAGGAGAUCUGAAUUGUGUGAUCUCUUGAGGCUGCUUUCAAUGCUGGAGUUUAAAUUAUGUACUGAACAAUCUUUUGCUUAUUAAUAAAAAGAUUACACACAA